AUGAUGAAGUCCAUCGCCGCCGCCGCCCUCUCCCUCCUCUCCCUGGCCUCGGCCUCGCCGCUCCUCACCAAGCGCACCGACCCCGUGUGCCCGGCCGACGGCUACCUGCCCUCCGACCCGUCGUCGUGGCUGUUCCCGGUUGGCAUCUACCCCAUCUCCAAGAGCAACCCGGACACGAACUACGGCACCGUCUACUCGCCCAAGAUCACGCCCGACGACUUCUGCACCAUCUUCAACCUCUACGUGCCCGAGUCGGCCGCCGGCAAGACUUGCACCCUCAAGUUCUUCUUCCCCAGCCAGGACCAGCUCGUCACCAGCAGCUACACUUACGAGGGCCCCGGCCACUUCACCUUCACCGGCUACGCCUUCGGCACCGGCGCCACCGAUGAGACCACCUGGAACAACCAGCCCGCCCCUGGUCCGAGCCCUCCUUCUCCGCCUGCUGUGCUGGAGCCGGGCAACGCCUACGUUAUCAACGCCGGCGACUGCGGCGUUCAGGCUGGCCAGGGCUCACUCGAGGUCAGCGGUAUGCUGUGCAGUCCCGACACUCACUUCGAAUACUUCCAGAACUCCGGCCUCUGCCCCAUCGGCUUCUACGUCGUCAUCAGCUAA